AUGAACGCUGUUGCGACUCUUCUCUUCAGCCCCAACUACUUGCCCGGCGCCUUAGUCUUGGGCCAUGUUUUGCGUCGUAUUGUCGAUCAGAAUACCAAAUUGGUCAUUUUGAUUGAUGCUUCUGCAUUUACGCCAUUGCACCUCCACCUUUUGCAUCAAUUGUGGGAUGAAGUUCGUGACACCCAAGUGUAUCAGUCUCAAUUACAUCAUAAGUUGAUCCACGACUUGCAAAGACCAGAGCUCGCUGCAACAUUCACCAAGAUCCAGUUGUGGGAUCUUCCUUACGAAAAGGUGUUGUAUUUGGAUGCUGAUACCCUCCCUUUGGUAGGCUCCACCAACGUCACUGAUCUCCUUAAAUUAGACUUCCCAGCAGGCAAAAUCUUGGCCGCCCCAGACUCGGGUUUUCCCGACAUUUUCAACUCCGGUGUGUUCGCAUUGCGUCCAAACCAGCAUGACUAUCUCAACUUAUUGUCUUUGGUGAUGUCCAACAAUAAGGAUAUCUCCUUUGACGGUGCCGACCAAGGUUUGCUCAACCAAUACUUUAAUUCUGACCCAGACUGGGUCGCACAGGCUUUGCAGACGGGUGCAGUUGAAACUACCCUUGGUCAAUUCUCACAAUCAUCAAAUUGGAUCAAAAUCCCAUUCUUGUACAACACUACUCCGAACACUCAGUAUCAGUAUGCACCUGCUUUCAAUCAUUUUCAAUCUUCCGAAGAGCCAUCCAGCCAAAUUCACAGGAUUGGAGACAGCAAUGUGAAAGACACUCCUGGUUCUUCUACGGAUACUCCAGAAAGUUCGGGCGCUAUUGCCCAGGCAGCUUAUCACGCUACCGCAUUUGAACACUUCACAGCCAUGCAAGCUGGCAAUCAAGUGAAACUUAUCCAUUUCAUUGGCCCAGUGAAGCCAUGGAAAAGUGAUCCUGUUGGUUUGUUUGAAAGUUGGUGGAAGGAGUGGUUUGACUAUUCCGGUGGCAAGCUGUUGUACGAGACUUUGUACCGCCAAUUCUACCAGAUCAGUGUCACAGCAUUGAAUAUUCCUGGUCAAACCACUGAACCUUCAAGCAGCACGACCGAGCAAUUGUUCUCAUUUGAACAACCACACGUACAGGAAUUUGUCCAAGAGAAGAAAACUUUCGAGCCUGCUGACUUGUGUGACCCGAUGAAUUACCAGCAGUUUGUAUCCCAGCCCACCAGCUCGCAUAUUGCCUGGGACGCUACUAGAGAACAACCGCCUCUGGAAAAACCUGAUCUGGGAAGCUUUGAUGCGGAUAUCCGUGCAUUCAACAGCUCCUGGGAGGAACCUAAACAUGAUGAGCCACCACAUCAAGAACAGGAACAUUCCGAGCCAGCUAUAGAAUAUGUGGAACCGGAACAUAUCUCCGAAUAUGUGGCCGAAAUAGUUGAAGAGCAUGUGCAAGAACAGCCACCUUCAUUAGAAACACUCAUAAUUUCCGAGGAAGAGCCACAAGAAUGGAACGAACCAGUUCCAGAACCCAUGGAAGAUUUUGGAUAUCACAAGGACCAACAACCUGAAAGAUCAUUUGACGAUUCCUAUGAUUACACUCCUACGCAUUACUUAUUAGAAAAACAAAAGGAAGCAGACGCAGCUGCCAUGGAGCAGGUUAUUGAAAUCGAAGAGGAUGCUGAGAUUGAUGAGGCCGAGGAAGAUUUUGUUGAAGCGGAAACGGAGGUCGAGAUCGAAGUCCCAGAGGAAACCUUCGAGCCAGAAGAGAACACUGGCUGCCAGAAGCUUUUCCCAUGGGAGUUCCGUGAAGCCAGAGCGUCUACUCGUAGCUGGGAUUAA